AUGGACCUGUUUCGGUCCGAGGAAAUGCAGCUGAUGCAGCUCAUUAUUCCCGCGGAAGCGGCGCAUGACACUAUUUCUUAUCUCGGAGAGCUCGGCCUUGUCCAGUUUAAAGAUAUGAACCCGGACAAGAGCCCGUUUCAACGAACAUAUGCGAACCAAGUCAAGCGAUGUGGCGAGAUGUCUCGCAAGCUGCGGUAUUUGAAAGAGCAGUCGCUGAAGGCUGGGAUUCUCCCCACCCAACCGCGGACGCUCGACAAGGAUCUCGACCUGGAUGAUCUCGAGCUGAAGCUGAACGAUCUGGAGGCGGAGCUACUGGAGAUCAACGGCAAUGCGGAGAAGCUGCUCAAGACGCGCAAUGAGCUCACGGAGCUCAAGCUCGUCCUGGAAAAGGCGGGGUCGUUCUUCGCGAGCGCGCAGAUGGGCGCGGCGGACUACCAGCGGGAGAUCGUGCGCGUGUCGUCCAUCCGCGAGAGCUCAUCCAUGGACAGCCCGCUCCUGCUCGAGCAGGAGAUGGCGUCGGAUUCGAGCAAGCGGCUGGGGUUUGUGACGGGGCUGGUGCCGCUGAGCAAAGUACUCACGUUCGAGCGGCUGCUGUUCCGCGCCACGCGCGGCAACAUGUUUCUGAAGCAGGAGGUCGUGGACGAGCCCGUGCUCGACCCCGCCACCGGCGAAGAGGUGGAGAAGGUGGUGUUCGUGGUGUUCUUCUCGGGCGACCGCGCGCGCACUAAGAUCAUGCGCAUCUGCGAGGCCUUCGGCGCCAACCGCUACCCCUUCCCGGAGGAGCCCGCGCGCCAGCGCCAGAUGCUCGCUGAGGUGCGGGGGCGGCUGGGGGAGCUGCAGACGGCGAUAGACGCGGGCAACCGCCACCGAGACAACGUGCUCAACAGCAUCAGCGUCUACAUCGACCGCUGGACCUUGCUGGUGCGCAAUGAGAAGGCGGUGUACCACGUGCUCAACCAGCUCUCCAUCGACGUCACGCGCAAGUGCCUUGUCGCUGAGGCCUGGUGCCCCACCUCCGCACUCGUCAAGGUGCAGGAGGCGUUGGAGCGGGGCAUGGCGGCGAGCAACGCGGCAGUGAGCACCAUCUUCCACACACUGCGCGCCAGAGAGGCGCCACCCACCUUCUUCCGCACCAACAAGUUCACCUCCGCCUUUCAGGCCAUCGUUGACGCCUACGGAGUGGCGCGGUACCAAGAGGCGAAUCCGGGCGUGUUCUCCAUCAUGACGUUCCCCUUCCUCUUCGCCAUCAUGUUUGGCGACUGGGGCCACGGCGCCCUCAUGCUGCUCGCCGCGCUUUGGCUUGUGCUCAACGAGAAGAAGCUCGGCUCCCAGAAGCUGGACGACAUAACGGAGAUGGCGUUUGGGGGGCGCUACGUGAUUCUGCUCAUGUCCAUCUUCUCCAUCUACACCGGCUUCAUCUACAACGAGUUCUUCUCCCUCGCCUUUGACUUCUCUCUCUUUGGCGGCACCGCCUACCACUGCCGCACGCCCGACUGCCAUGACUCGGGCACAGCAGGGCUGGUGAAGGACGGGGCGACGUACCUGUUUGGUGUGGACCCGGCGUGGAAGGGGUCGCGCACGGAGCUGCCGUUCCUCAACUCGCUCAAGAUGAAGAUGAGCAUCAUCCUCGGCGUCACGCAGAUGUUUGCCGGCAUCAUCCUCUCCUUCUUCAACGCGCAGUUCUUCAAGAAACCCCUCAACAUCUGGUACGAGUUCAUCCCGCAGAUGCUCUUUCUGGGCUCGCUCUUCGGCUACCUCUCCAUGCUCAUCAUCCUCAAGUGGAUCACCGGCUCCCAGGCGGACCUAUACCACGUGAUGAUCUACAUGUUCCUCAACCCCGUUGAGCCGCUGGGGGAUAACGAGCUGUUCUACGGCCAGGGCACCGUGCAGAUCGUGCUGCUCUUCAUCGCACUCGUGUCGGUGCCGUGGAUGCUGCUGCCCAAGCCCCUCAUCCUGCGCGCCCAGCACAUCCAGAAGAUGGCAGGGCGUACGUACCACGCGCUGCCAGGCAGCGAGGGCGAGGCGGGGGCGAACGGGGAGGAGGAGGGCGAGGAGGAGGAUGAGUUUGAGUUUGGGGAGGUGAUGGUGCAUCAGAUGAUUCACUGCAUUGAGUUUGUGCUUGGGGCUGUCUCCAAUACUGCCUCCUACCUCCGUCUCUGGGCGCUCAGUCUGGCACACGCGCAGCUCUCAGCGGUCUUCUACGAGCGAGUCUUGGAACCCGCCCUCGCCUCUGGCAACGUGAUUGCCAUUCUGAUAGGGUCGCUGGUGUUUGCAGCAGCCACAGUGGGCGUGCUGCUGCUCAUGGAGACGCUCAGUGCCUUCCUGCACGCGCUCAGGCUGCACUGGGUGGAGUUUAUGAACAAGUUCUAUGUCGGCGACGGGUACCAGUUCGUGCCGUUUUCCUUCGCCGCUCUGCCUGAUGAGGAGGAUUAG